AUGUCUUACAAAAAUGAGACAUUGAGAGCUUGCACGGUUGAAGAGAAGAGAAAGUCUGCAGUGUUGAUUGCAGCACAGUCGUUGGACUUGGAAGUUCAAAAUGUCAAGAAACUGAAGAGAUUGUCGGUUGGGUCGAUGGAUCUUCUGUUGGAUCCCGAAUUUGAAUACACAAUGGGUAGCACUAAUGAUUCGAAUUCUAAUACAAACACAAAUACAAAUACAAAAAAGAAUCUGCGAAAAAGCAGACUCUUUGAUAACGACAAUUCUCUGAUGGAGUGUGAAGUAUCGGAAAAUUAUGAUGAUAUAGCGAACUUGGACUCAACUAGUGACCUGACAAGCGCUAACGUUUCGGAUCUUGCCAAUGAUAAUAGUUUCGAUAAAACGGGUAUUGAAUAUUUGCAUAAUGAGGAUUUUGAACACGUUCAUACUAAUGAAAAUAACAAUUAUACACUGGGGGAAGAACCUAACAUAAAUGAGAGCUUAUUUCAGAGCCAUAAGAACAAUUCGCAACUGCGAAGAGGCUUAUCAGGUGUCCAUUCUCUAAAUAGAGGCAAUUCUAAACAAUUAAAACCUAAAAUACAAAAUAAGCAAACAGAAACAGAAGACCAAAUUACUCAAAAUUUAUUGUGGGUACCAGCAAAUAAACAUCCAGGAGUAAAACCAGAAAAUUAUGUUGAACUACUCCAAGACACAUUACAGAACAUAAAUUUGAAUUUAAAUGAGACUCAAAAUAAUGUUGAAGAUACAUCAAAUAAAACAUCUGAUAAAAUGGUGAUGGAUCGGGAAGUCAUUAGAAGAAGAAGGAUCUCUCAGGACUUAAACAGAAACCAUUCUUCUUUAGUCAGAAGACCAACUGGUUUAAGGAUUUCAUAUUCAGAAUCUGUAGAAGAAUUUCAUGAUGCACUAGAAUCCGAAAAUAGUCUUAAUAGCGACAAAGAGCGGGAGCCUAGUUUGUCUCAAAAUAGCAUUAGCAUGAUCACAAUUGAUUUACAAAAUAAAUCCACAUAUCAAAUGGGCAAAAAUUACGCAUCCUUAAAAGAUAUAACAGAAGAAUUAACAAAGAUUUCCAACAAAGCAGGAUUAUCGAAUUCAGAUGCCAUCAGUUUGGCUAGAUCAUUAAGUAUCGCUGGCUCAGUAUCAAAAACUGAUAACUCAGUCUCAGAUAAUCUUCAGUCAGCAACGCAAGGAAAUGACGAUAAUAAACCUAGAAGUUCCGAAGUUAGUGAAGCUGGCUAUGCCUCUAAUAUAUUAGUUAGGAAUGGUAUCACUAUGCCUACACGGUCUCUAAGAAGAAGUAAAUUUAAUACGUAUAAAAUCCGUAAUCCAAGUGGCAAUAUUUUGGAACAAAGUCGAAUUUCGAAAAGUGAACCUUCAUCAAGAAAUGUAACAGGAAGUAGUAAUAGAGCAAGCUCUUUCGAUAUCGAGCACACGCAAGAUGUAUUAAGAGAGAGUGCUCCAUUAACAUUUGAAACUAUAAGUGAAGAACAGGUACAAGACAAAUCAUUAGAUGCUAUAGAUAUUUUAGACAAAUCAUUGGAUAUUUCUGACAAAGAUUUUGAUUCGUCACACCUUUCAUUUUCGCAAGGUAAUAUUACUCAAUCAAGUGAUUCCUCUAACGAUAGUGUGUUAGUCCGGCCUGCAUACUCUCAUUCCAUUAUUCAAGAAAAACUUGAUACUGACAGAGGUGGUGAUUUGGAGUUUAGUUCAAAUAAAUUUUCAGAGACUUUAUUUGCCAAAGAAUCCGAUAUCCAAGAUGACCCUGACUUUGUUAAUUUAUCAAUUCCCGAGAGAACUAAGUCUCAAAGAGUUAGAGCUGAAAAAAGUAACCACUCUAAACAUCGUCAUUCGCCAAUAAUUACUAUAUCCGAAGAAACACCAUUCAAGAUUAACAAUAAAAAACAGCUGUCUCAACCACUAUUAAAUGAAAGUGAAAUUAACAAAGGUGACCAUGGUUCAAUAAUUCCAGAGAAUUUAAAGCAUAAGGCAUCUGUUAAAGAAGCAUCAUCUAAAGAAAAAGAACCAUCUACUAAUAAAAAGCAAAGGUUUGAUAAGAAGAUUGUAAGCAUAUUUAAGAGAAAAAGCAGCAAAACUUCGAAUAAUGAAAUUAAAAAUGAAAAGAAGACUGUAUUAUCACAGGAAGAUAAAAGAAUCAUGUCAUCAUCUUCAAGUAAAUCAACAAAGCAAGAUAUUAGUGCUGCGGAGUUGCAAUCUGAUCACCUUGAUGACAGUUUACGAACAGUAGAAAGAGAAUUAUUGUCAGAAAGCGUACAUCCAACCGAAGUAAACAUUCCUGUAGGAACUCAAUCAAAUAGCUUAGAUUCUAAGCCGAUUGAAAUAGCGAAUACUAGCUAUGAGGAUAAACUGAAUUCUUCUUAUGAUGAAAAUGCUGAAGACUCAUUUUCAUAUCUCGAAGAAUCACUAGAGACGCAAAACUCUCUACAACCUGCUGUUUGUAUUACGAGUAAUAGAGCAGAUGUUGUAGUGACAGAAACUGUGGAUGAAUUAAGCGAUGGUGAUGACUCUCAAGAUAUUACUGGAGGAGAAUUCUAUACAGAUAAUACGCAGGUUAACACCAUUAAUACAAGUUAUGAGACCAGUUACAAUUCUACGAGAAUUGUAGAACAAGAAGCCAACACAUUGCCUGAAUCAUCCCUCCCAGCUCGUAAGUUAACAUUUAAAGAUGUUGUAAAGCCCGAAAGACCAAAUGGUCCGAUGGAAUUCACUGAUAGUGCGUUUGGAUUCCCACUUCCUAAGUUAACGACUUCAACUGUAAUUAUGUUUGAUCAUAGGCUACCUGUGAAUGUCGAGAGAGCUAUUUACAGAUUAAGUCAUUUGAAAUUAAGCGACCCCAAGAGGGAACUGAGGGAGCAAAUUUUAUUAAGUAACUUCAUGUAUGCAUAUUUGCAUUUGGUCAAUCAUUCAUUAUAUAUCGAACAAGCUGAGCAACAGGCCAAAGAGUCAAACAUGGACACAUCCGAAUACGACAACAGUGUAGUUGAAGUUGCAUACUUGGAUGAUUCCUUCACAUACUCCAAGCAAACUAAAAACAAUACCGGUAGCGACUACUUAAACAACGACGUUACGAACGAUUACCACACUGAACGGAACGCUGCAGACGGAUCAAUCUGCAUACCCGAUUUAUCAGAAUAA